AUGUCCACGUACGAGUCGCUUCGUGCGGCUGGUACCAGCGUUGUGUGCUUGUCCCCAUGGGGAGAUUCGUCGUUCAUCGUAUUACCCUGCAUACGAUUCCGAGAUCUAGCCGUCGAAACCGUUACCGCAGCAACCGGCGGCACUGCAGCCAUCGCUACUCCGAUUAUGGGGCCACUAUCCGAUGUCGUGACAGACUCGGUCGCCGAUAGUAUUCUCGUUGAGGUAGGGCUAAACGCAGGCUUCCAACUCGGCACCAAGGCCGCAGACGACCUGGUCUUCGGUGAGACCACCGAUAUGCUGAUUCCCGUUCACUCAACGCGACUCGAGACCACGAGCGUUAAGGAAUUGACGAUUACGCUUAAGUAUAAGCAUACGGUCGUUGACGCGAAUUUGGGGUUCUUUCGGAGUAGCGUGCAUGCUGAUACUUCACUUUUCGCAAGCGUUAAGGAUUACUUAGCGGUAGAGAAAGGAUGGUUUUCACCAUACCUGUUCGCGAGUGCCAGGAGACCUGUGAUACCGCGCGUCAUGAAGCCUGACGUUCUCUUCUGUCAUGGCCCUUUCUUACCCGGCGACUAUAGAGUGGGUCAGACACUGCUGGAGGAAUCUGUGUCGGCCAUAUCUUUCUCCGCGGCUCCCUCGUCGGAACCAGAAGCCGCUUCCCAGUCGCAGCCCAACUCAUUCGCAAGCAAACUGCACCUCUCGAAUCCGCUGAAACGCUCGCAUACGCCGCCUCCACCCGCGGAGCCCACUGAGCCCGCACCCGUACAAGAACAGCUGGCACCUGUUCCACGACGUUUGGUCAUCCUGAUAGUGGGUCUCAAGCCUCAUCGUAAACUGUGGACGACGAGCCAGCGUCCAGACGAGAGCGUCAUCCGAUAUCAACUACUGAAUGGAUGCCCAGCGGUCGUCGUGCCCGCUCGGCUUGGUGCACCGCUCGUGUCUUGGGACACCAUGACGCUCGAACACUUGUGGCAAGUUCCCCUACCCUCCGACGAGGAUGCUAAAUCGCUUGGGGACGCCGGUGGCGAGUUCAAAGGAGUCGUGAACGUGCUCUUCGAGUAUCUGGAUCUGUGCGUGGACUGGGGCAGGGUCGUGCUUCCGAAAGGCCGGUCUGGCUAUGCUAAGGAUGCAGUGAGGGACGCUCUGUCGCUGGUCGUCGCUGCAGGUAUUAGGAGUGGCGAGAGCAAGGAGGUGAGGAAGCAGGUGGACAAGGCGAGAAGUGGCGUCGCAAUCUGGCGCAUCCCAUGA